UUAUAUAGGCAAAGCGUAGGGUCAUUUUAAUUACUAGUAAUGCCUAAACAAAAAUCCUGAAAUACAUGUAGCCAUACGGUUUCAAAAGACUUAGUCUUAAAUGUUAUGAGUUUAAAUACACAUAUUUGCACAUUCUAUGAUAAGAAUACAUACAAAAAGUGUUGUACUGGAUCAGUUAGGAAAAACAACACGACGUUCAGCAGUGAUGUACAAGAUAUAUCACACAUGUUUAGGAAUGCGUGUGUAUGUGUGAGGCAACAAACAAGACGGCGGUAACCCAUAGUUACAUAGGAUCGGAUAAGCCAGCCGACUACUUUCUCUCAGAUGACUUGAUGUUCACAUAUUUGAUGGGCAAUAUGGCUACACAAGAAGCUGGAAAAGAAUAUUCUUCUGACAUUUGUCAAGCACAAGAAGCUGUCCUACCGAGAGAGGUACCGCAUGUGUCUGCUGAACCUAAUCAAAAAGUAGAAGAAAGACGGGUUAUUCUUGUUGGCAAACUUGGAGCAGGCAAAAGCCACAGUGGAAAUGGAAUUUUGGGUACUGAACAAUUUCAGAGUGAACAGUGUUGGUCGUCUGUGACACGGAGAUGUGAUUACGGUACGGCCGUCAGGAAUGGAAUUAGAUAUCGAGUUUUUGAUACACCUGGCGUUAACUCCCCUGAGGACAUCAGAGAUGGAAUUGACGUAGAAACGGAAAUUCGUCGAUGUCUAUUUUGUACGUCUCCGGGUUUCCAUGCCAUUGUUCUCGUUCUGUCGGCGACUGAGAGGAUCGCAAGAGAAGACCUAGAAAUGCUUAAAAAUCUUGACACUAUGUUAGGUGAAAGUUCGUUUAAGUAUAUGAUCCUUGUGAUCACCAAGUUACAAAAUGACGAAUCUCGCUUGAACGAGAUGAUUGCAAGGGCUCCGGAAGUUGCGAAACUGAAUGUUAAAUGCGAGGCAAGACGAGUUAUAUUUGGUAAAGAUGAGAAAGAAAUACCACCUGAAUGUCUGCAAAAGUUUGAUGAAGUGUUAACGAAACUGAUUAAACAGAAUAAAAGAUACGGUAAAGAGUAUUAUAGACAUAAGUAUUACGAUCAAGCAACUGCAAUACUGAAGCUAGAUAAGGACGACUACAAGAAAAAGCAUCCAGAAAUAUCCGAUAGUGAGGCUUUUGAAAUAGUUAGAAACGAGGCAGCGAUUGGUCUUUCCCCACGGGAUAGCGAACUUCUAAAAAUUAAAGAUCAAGAUUGUCAAUGUGUUAUUUCCUAAAUACCCUUUUCAUUCUCUGUUUUGCAUAAA